GCCGCCUCGCGCGCCCUUGGCAGCCUAUCGCCGACGCCGACGACCUCCUUCCCACCUACGUUCACCAUCCCGACGACCAUGGCUCCCCAGUCUAAGACGGCAGCGACCGUGAACGAGCUGAUUGCUGGCAGCGUCGGCGGCGCGGCGCAGGUCCUCGUCGGUCAGCCGCUUGACACGAUCAAGACGCGCGCGCAGAUCGCUCCUCAUGGAAAGUUUAAAGGACCCAUGGACAUCCUCGUGCAGACGAUCCGGAGGGAAGGCUUCCUAGCGCUAUACAAGGGCAUGGCCAGCCCCCUCCUCGGCAUCGCUGGCGUCAACUCCCUUCUCUUCGCCGCCUACGGUACCUCAAAACGCAUCAUUUCCCCCUUCCCUCAGCUAUCCUUGAAGGAGAUCGCCGCUGCGGGUGCUCUUGCAGGCGCCAUAAACGCGGUGCUUGCGAGUCCGGUCGAGAUGUUCAAGGUCCGCAUGCAAGGCCAGUACGGCGACAAGACCGACAAGCGACUGAGCGUCCUCGCGCGCGAGAUGUGGCGCGAAUGGGGGUUUAGGAAGGGCGUUAUGCGGGGGUACUGGGUCACCGUCGCGCGCGAGAUACCCGCCUACGCAGGCUUCUACACCGCCUACGAGUUCUCGAAGCGCAAGUUCGCCGAGAAGUAUGGGCCCGAGCUACCCGUGUGGGCGCUGAUGGCGAGCGGGUCGACGGGUGGGAUGGCCUACUGGCUGUCCUCCUACCCCCUUGACGUCGUCAAGUCGCGCGUUCAGCUCCGCCCCACGCCGCCCACGGGCACGCCCGUGCAGUAUAUCGCCGCGGAGUUGAAGGCCGUCGUUGCGGAGGGCGGCGUCGCGGGCCUGUUUAGGGGAUUGUCGCCGACGUUAAUCCGUAGCAUACCUGCCGCCGCGUCGACGUUCGCGGCGUUCGAGUUGACGCGAGAAUUCCUGGAAAAGACGACCGGCGUAUGAUACCCUCGUGUAAGGAUGACGAAGCCGUGCUGAGUAUCAUCGACGUUCGCGUUGUUUUCAAGUCGGCUAUGUACACCUCUGUAUAUCUUGUGCACUUAUGCUAGGAUUGGGGAUAUGCAAGUGUGAUUGUUUCAGGUUAA